CACGCGCCCGCCACAAUUUUUCUCGUAUCUCCAGCUUUGCGUGAUUUUGGUUCGACAGACAGCCGAGCACCUACUUUUUCCAGCAAACUAGAUCGAACAAAGCGCUCUGAGAUCUGAGUAGGCGAGAAACCUCCUCCCUCCCUCCCUCGACAUGGCUCAUAACAUGAGCUCACGCGCUUCAGUUAUUGCUUGGCUCUUCUUCGUGAUCUUCUGCUCGACGAGUCAUCUUCUCCUAAUUCCUGUAGCUGAAGCGAUAUGGUUGACCCUCCCGAGCUCCGGCACGAAGUGCGUGUCUGAGGAAAUCCAGAACAAAGUCGUUGUUCUGGCCGAUUACUACGUCGUCGAUGAGGUUGCCCAAGCCCACCAUACUCCCACUGUCUCUGCUCGGGUGACGUCUCCUUAUGGUAACAAUCUUUAUCACCAAGAAAAUGUGACCCAUGGUCAGUUUGCGUUUACGACUACCGAGUCUGGCAACUACUUGGCGUGUUUCUGGCUAGACGGCAAACACCAAGAAGGUGGAGAAACAACCCUUAGCCUUGACUGGAGAACUGGAAUUGCUGCUCAGGAUUGGGAGUCUGUUGCAAGGAAAGAGAGAAUAGAGGGUAUUGAGCUUGAGCUCGUAAAACUCGCAGGAGCAGUGCAAGCCAUCCAUGAGAAUCUCGUUUAUCUCAAGAGCAGGGAAGCAGAUAUGAGGGAAGUCAGCGAAUCAACCAAUGCUAGAGUUGCAUGGUACAGUAUCAUGUCUCUCGGAGUCUGCAUUAUUGUUUCAGGUUUGCAGUUGUGGCACUUGAAGCACUACUUUCGAAAGAAGAAGCUCAUAUAGAUCUUAUCCUUUAUUGGUUCUGAUGCAAAUCGUCGCAAGAGUGGAAAAGUUUGGAAUCAGUCUUUCCUUGUUGUACCGUAGUUACUUUUUCAGUUUUUUUUUUCUCGGUUUCAUAUUUUCUGUCUGGGGAAAGGGGGUUGAUUCUUUUAUCAUAAUGGACGAUAUGAAUAUACUGCACAAUAUUUGGUUAGAGAGAGAGGAAGAUGAAGUGAUAACCGCAGGGGUAUCAUUUGUUGCUGUAAGAUUAGUUUUAUUACACUGAAGAUCAUAUUUAUUAAGAUUAACAGAUUAAUGUGGCAA